ACUUCCUGGCCCUCCCCGCCUUUAGUGAAACCAACGAGAGGACACCCCCUGCAUCUAGAGCAGCCCGACCAGGAGCGUAACCGGGUGGUGCGCGAAUGUGAGAGGAAAGCUGUGCGCGGCUGCGCUUUCCCGCCCCUGAGCCGUUCUAGACGCGGGAAACAUGCUUUCUGAAAGCAGUUCAUUUUUGAAGGGUGUGAUGCUCGGAAGCGUUUUCUGUGCCUUGAUCACUAUGCUAGGACACGUUAGGAUUGGUCAUGGAAAUAGGAUGCACCAGCAUGAGCAUCAUCACCUACAAGCGCCUAAUAAAGAAGAUAUCUUGAAAAUUUCAGAGGAUGAAUGCAUGGAGCUCAGUAAGAGCUUUCGGGUAUACUGCAUCAUCCUUGUAAAACCCAAAGAUGUGAGUCUUUGGGCUGCAGUGAGGGAGACUUGGACCAAACACUGUGACAAAGCAGAGUUCUUCAGUUCUGAAAAUGUUAAAGUGUUUGAGUCAAUUAACAUGGAAACAGAUGACAUAUGGCUAAUGAUGAGAAAAGCUUACAAAUAUGCCUUUGAUAAAUACAGAGACCAAUACAACUGGUUCUUCCUUGCACGCCCCACUACGUUUGCUAUUAUUGAAAACUUAAAGUAUUUUUUGUUAAAGAAGGAUCCAUCACAACCUUUCUAUCUAGGCCACACUAUAAAAUCUGGAGACCUUGAAUAUGUGAGUAUAGAAGGAGGCAUCGUCUUAAGUAUAGAAUCGAUGAAAAGACUUAACAGCCUCCUCGGUAUCCCUGAAAAGUGUCCUGAACAGGGAGGGAUGAUUUGGAAGAUAUCUGAAGAUAAGCAGCUAGCAGUCUGCCUGAAAUACGCUGGAGUGUUUGCAGAAAACGCAGAAGAUUCUGAAGGAAAAGAUGUAUUUAAUACCAAAUCCAUUGGGCUUUUUAUUAAAGAGGCAAUGACUAAUCACCCCAACCUUGUGGUAGAAGGAUGCUGUUCAGAUAUGGCUGUUACUUUUAAUGGACUGACUCCUAAUCAGAUGCAUGUGAUGAUGUAUGGGGUAUACCGUCUUAGGGCAUUUGGACAUAUUUUCCACGAUGCAUUGGUUUUCUUACCUCCGAAUGGUUCUGACAAUGACUGAGAAGUGAAAGAAGAGCAUGUAUACGAGCACCGUAUAGGAGAGACACUGAAAUUGGAGUGGUCACUAUGAAGAAGCUAUGUCAGUUGAGAUUUCUUUACUUCUGCUGGGCAAAUGAGAUCUGUGGACGUCUUCUUUCAAGAACUUGUUUUGAUAGUCCGCGGUUUCAUUUACCAGAGUGCAGUCUGGUCUUUGUUUACCUAUUCAAAUAAUGAGAUUUUCCCCGUAUUCAUAGUUGUAUCAUAUCCAACGGUUUUGGGUGUGGAGGCCUUAACCUCACCGUUCACCUUGGAUUACCAUACCAUUUGCCUUAUUUCAGUGGCUACCCAGAAGCUUUAUCCAGGGGUGAAUACAAUAGCUCUCGUGCUUAUAAAUGUGAAAUGCUUGCUGCUGAUUUGUCCUAUAAUUGGGCCCGCACAUGCUAUAUUAAGUGAGAUCCAUAAGUACCCCCAUAGGGUGUGAGACCAUGACAUUUUAGAGAUCAAUAUUUCCUGUAACUGGCCUCAUGAUAGUUAAUGGUCUCCCAUAGCUUUUGCAAACCAGAAAGAGAAUUUCCUCAAGAGGGCCUCGGGCUUCAAAUUAUUGAUCAUCAGUGCAUAAAGCGCUUUUUAAAAAUUUAUCUGAUUUUCCUUAUUGGGGCUUUUGGUUAAAAUGAAGCAUUAUUCAUUUUAAAAAAUAAUAAGACCUUUUUAUCAAGCACUCUAAUAUGUGGUCUCAGAUGCAAUUAAUACAGAUCAAGUCAUGUUCAGUGUAAGUACAAUGAUAAGCAGCAUCUCCCUGAAUGUGACACCCAAUUUAUAAGUGUCACCUUGCCCCAACAACAAUGUAUUUUAAAGAAUUAUGCAUUUAUCACUUUCAAUUACAUUAAUGUAUCGGUAUAAUUGUAAUAAAUAUAUCAGAGAAUGCA